CGAUGUAUACGAGCAGUGGUUGAUUGCUAUGGUUUGGGAAGACUACCCCAAGUCAAGUCUGACUGAUUGCAAUGCUAAAGGGUUUAAUAACAUUUACUAGGAGUCUCAUGUCUUACCAUGGAGUGGACAACGUCGAAAGAACAUUUACUUCUUGCCACCUACAUCAGUUUAUUAGGGCAGAGAAAAAUGGUUUAGCUAGGUCUUUCUAAACUGGCUAGCUAACUCAGAUUGUUAGCUAGCGAGAAUCGCCGAAUGAAUAGGUUAGGUUGGACUAGUAAACUCUCUGGAAAUUGGCUUCACAAUGGCUAAAGUGGAAACAAGUGGAAAAUCUGCAGCUGUUGAAAGCCUGGUUCAAACAUGUAUCAAACUUGUUUGUCAGCAUAUGUCUGUUCUUGAGGAAAGGAUUUCGGAUUUACCGGCCAGCCUUCUUAAAGACAUUCUUCCUCAUCUUAACAUCGUUUACCUCGACAGAAUUGAGUCAGCAGUUCAAAGCAAAGGAAUUUCCACGUCAUUUGUGUGGGAAUUCAUAUUCAAAGAUCUGGUCAAGACUUGGCGUUGCAGACCAAUGGUUUCUCAGCCUUAUUGUGACUGGAAGCAGAAAUCCCUGGAGAGGCUCUUCCAUGUAGCACUGUACACACACAACAGAGGGGACAAAAAGUAUCUGUCAAACCUCAGUGAGCAGACUGUCCUCUCCAUGACUGUCUCCUAUGUCCAGACUCUGUCAGUCGUGUCCAGGAAGGUGUGCCGGCUAGCUUCUGUGGAGCUUAAGCCCAUCUUAUCUGAGCUAGAGAGAGGAGCAGGGUGUCUCAAGCUGCUAGAUCGUUGGAGUCCAUGGACUGGAGUGGAGAAAGACUUGCUGUACAUCCUCCAUCGCCUCCUCGACCACGGCUCUGUGAAGGACGUCGAGAUGGGACGAUGCUAUGGUCUUGAUCUUCAGAACUGGAUUACCACCAGGUGUAGAAGACCUGAAGGAGUGGGACCACUCCAUUUAAGCCAGGAGUCCGUUGAGCUGCCUGUUGCAGGCACCUCCUCCAGCAUCCAGGUCACACAGCCCUGUGGUUCAGACGCCAGCUCCACUGGCCUCCAGCGCAGUGGCACUGCCAUGGAGGAGGUGGCAUGUAAACGUCGGAGGAUUACUUGGCUCUGGGACAUGCCCACGGAAUUCCCCUGUGACACGUUUCUGCCUAAGUGUGGCCCCAUAUGCCCAAAAGGACAGAUAAACUCGCUUGACAUGCAAGUGACCCCCUUUGAAAUCAUUAAUGUGGUGUCACCAUCCCUACCCUUCUGGCGCUGUCUGCACACCCUUCAUCUUCACAAUGAGAGACUGUUCAAGGACUCUGAUCUGCAGGUGUUGGUGAAUUCUCUCCAGAUGUUGUGUAGCAAGCCAGGCUGCAUCCUCCAAGAUCUUUCCAUGGCUGUUAACGACCACACGCCUGUUGAUGCAGUUUUGGAGGCCUGCCCCUCACUUAGGUCUCUCUCUCUGGACGUCUUCCCUCCAGCACCAGGCUCAUGCAACAAACUUAUACCUAUGAGGGCCCUGAAGCCACUAGAACCUAAAGUGUUUUUAUUGGAGAAGCUGUCAGUGAAAUCUUCCCAUGGAAAAGUUCAAGUAGAUAUGGAGGGCCUUCUGACUACACUGAGACAAACACCAAAUCUCCGCAGUCUCCAUGUGUCAGGGAUCCACCCGGCUUCACCUAUACUCAGCACACUGGCAGAGUCAAAUAAAACCUUGAAGUCACUUACAUUGGAUGACAUCAAUUUGGCCAGCUGUCAUUGUGAAAUUCUUCAUCUCUUGGAGAACUCUUUGCUGCAAGACAUAUGCUUGAAAGACUGUCAGCUACUUGACAAAUGCACUACGAAUGAAGACUUUCUUGUGCCCUUUGUGAAGACACUCAAGGGGCUGUGUUCUCUACAGUCUCUUGCACUGCCUGAAAAUCGACUGGCCAAAAGUGUGAAAGAUUUAGCAGAACUAUUCUCAGGAAACUCUCCAAGCAGUAUACUGAAACUGGAUCUCAGCUCAAAUUACAUCUUGCCUGCUGACCUGCUUGAGUUCAGCACCUUACUAAGUUUACAUAAGAGGUCCCACCACCCCAGUUCGAGACUGAUUCUGGACCUCCGGUUAAACCCAUUGGACCGGGAUCAGGAUGUGAAGGAGCGAGCGCUGAGGUCUCUCAUUCCCUUCUGCCACAUACUCACAGACAGCUGGGACUCCAGGUCCACCAUGGCAGAUCACAUUAGUAUGAUGUAACCAGGGCCACUGUGCUGUGGCCAAACCGAGUCUACAGCAGACGUGGAAGUUGGAACGGUGCACAUUUUCAGCAUCUAAUUUUUGUACGUGUUUGAAGAAAACAUGAAUAAAUCAUUUUUACUUGGAUUGUCA